AAAGAAUGCAGUUCCAUAAAGCAGACGUCCAUCCUCAGAGCUUCAGGCACAUUUUUCCCACGAGGCCUUUCCAUCAGUUGCUUUAUUCACCUUGGGGGACAGUCCCUUCAUGAGAUCAUCAAAAGUCAAUGCAAGCUCGCCGUCUAACUCCCCGCAAGGGCUCAACCAGUGACCAGACUGUCCCGGCAUAACUCUGCGAUCCCCAAAAAAACGUGUUUAAAUCGUUUCCGCACCCAAGCACUGGACUGGGGUCGCGGGCAGUCGGGACUUCCGGUCAACCUGUACCUAUAAAGUUUCAUUACGGGUAAUCUUUCAUGGAGGCACUGCUAGUUUAAAUCCUGCAGCCUCGUAGUUAUUAGUUAAAGUUGAAAAUUACGUGAUAGUGACGUGGACGCACGUUUAUCAAUGAUCUCAAUAGCAGCUGCAGACUCUGGAUUCGACGUCUUGUCGUACUCGCUGCUUAUUUACAUAUUCAUACACUACAUGGUACUGUGCAGUACGGCAACCUGUGAGGGACAUACUUUGCUAAUAUUCCUGCACCCGCAUCCACCUUUUGUGCUGCCGUAACAGUCAAAAUCUAACUAGUCCAGCCUAACAAGUUUUAUAAAAACUUUUCUUCCCAAAGUGCGUUGGGCAGACCUCUGCAGAAAGGUGGCGCUGUUUUCCCCAGACGCCUAUCCUCCUCAUGCUUUACUCGGGGUCGAUUUUGGAGGCAAACUGAAACAUUUGCAGUCACGCGAGUUUUUAAACAUUUGUUACACUAAGUUUGCGGAUUGAAGGCAACCAUGCGCAUAUAUUUCUGCGGAAGCAUUCGCGGAGGCCGACAGGACGUGGCGCUUUAUCAGAGGAUUGUGCGCAAGCUGCAGGAGUUGGGCCAGGUCCUCACAGAGCACGUGAGCCGCAGUGACAUUUCAGAGAAAGGGGAAGAUGCAGCGGCGCUAGAAGACAAGGCGAUCCAUCAUGACAGAGAUGUGCAGUGGCUGCACGCGGCCGACGUUGUUGUGGCUGAGGUGACGCAGCCGUCACUCGGUGUCGGAUAUGAACUGGGCCGAGCCGUUGCCAUGCGGAAGAGGAUUCUUUGCCUCUUUCGUCCCUCCUCUGGACGAGUCCUCUCUGCGAUGAUACGGGGAGCUGAUGACGGAUCUCCGAAUUCACUCGUCCAAGUGCGUGAUUACGUUGAGGAUGAGGUGGAGAUGGUCCUCGACAAAUACUUCAGUACCCCCAGUUCCUGCAUUUGACUGCUAAGAUUCACAGACCUGACAUCCUGUAUAAAUAUAAAAGAGUUUAACUUUCUGGUUAUGGGCUGCUCUCGGGUACAGACUCAUCUCUCCUUCUUUUAAAAUGCUGAUAUCAUUUCAAAGUUACUGGAAAAGUUUGGUGCCAAAUAAAAAAAAUAAAUUUUCUAAUUAAUUCUUCUGAAUGCUCUCUUGAAUGGGGGAAAAUGCCCUCGUAUUUUUCUGUGAGAUGUACGUCGCUUUGGAGAAAAGCAUCUGUUACAUUAAUAAAUGUAAAGAGGAAA